GAAAGCUUCUUGUUUUGGGGAUUGGAAAGAGAGAGAAGCUUCUUCUUUGUAGUUUAGAGAGAGAGACUCCUUCUAUAGAGAUUCGCUUAGUCGUUGCUUCCCGCGUUAAAACAGUAGACAAAAGCAGCAAGCUUCUUCGCCGUUGCUUCGUGCGUUUCAGAUCAAAGCUAGGGCUUAUCAACGCUUUCUAAAGGAUCAAAGCUAGUGUUUUUCUGAGGAUUUCUCUUCUUUGGUACAAAAACCCCAUCCUUAUUGAAAUUUCAGCCCACUUGAGCUUGGUUAUUUGAUCUCUACUCAAACCAGUAGAUAUUUCGAAGAGUCUCAGAAAACCCAUAAAGAAAAUGCCCAAAACAGAGUAAAGAGGGACCUUUUCUGUGAAAUUAAACCGGAAAAGGGAGUAAAAGAGGGCGCUUUCUGUGAAAUUAAGUUUGUAAAAGGACUAAAAGGAGGAGCUUUUAGUGAAAUUGAGGAUCUCGAAAGGGGUUUCUAGCAAUGGGAGGAAAGAUGAGUAAGAACGGUAACCCCAGUGCAGUGCUACAAUUCGAUGGAAAUCUCCAAUAUGUCUCAGAAUUGUUCUCCUAUGAAGAAGCCUGUAAGCUCGAUCCCGAGUUAGAGUUCUUCGAUAGCAAUUUACAGGCCCAAACAAAACAAGCCAUUAACAAAUUAGCAGUUGGGGUGGAAGUCAGAUCUCUCUCUGUUGAAUCUCUGAAGGAUGUGAUCUCUUGUCUCCUCGAAAUGAACCAGGAGGUUGUCAAGGUAAUUUUAGAGCGCAAGCAGGACAUUUGGAAAAGCCCUGAGCUUUUUGACCUUGUUGAGGAGUACUUCAACAACAGCUUACAAACCAUGGAUUUCUGCACUGCCCUCGAAAAAUGCCUGAAAAGGGCAAAGGAUGGUCAGAUGAUUAUCCAAGUUGCCCUCCAACAAUUUGCUGAAGCUGGGGAGGGCCAUCACCAAAAGACCCUCGAGGAAUUAAGGAGUUUCAAAAUGGCAGCUAGCCCAUUCACUGAGGAGUUCUUUACUCUCCUUCAGUCAGUUUAUAGCCAACAAGUCUCUAUGUUAAAGAAAUUGGUGGCCAAAAAGAGCAAGCUCGAUAAAAAACUAAAGUCUAUUAAGGUCUGGAGAAGGGUAUCAAGCAUUAUUUUUGCAUCUGUUUUUGCCACUGUUUUGAUAUGUAGUGUAGUGGCAGCUGCUGUGGCCGCACCACCUGUUGCCGCAGCAUUGGCCGCUGCGAGCGCGAUCCCUAUUGGCUCUGCCGGUAAAUGGGUCGACUCUUUAUGGAAGAAUUAUGAGGUUGCCUUAAAGAGUCAAAAGGAAGUGAUAAAUUCGAUGCAUGUUGGGGCUUAUGUGGCCAUCAAGGAUCUUGAUAACAUACGUGUUCUUGUUGAUCGAUUGGAGAUUGAAAUUGGGUCUUUGUUGCAAAAUGUGGAUUUUGCAUUGCAAGCGCAGGAUGCCAUCAAAUUGGGGAUUGAGGAGAUAACCAAGAAGUUUGAGGUGUUUACUAAGAGUAUCGAGGACCUUGAUGACCAUGCAACUCGAUGCCAUAGGGACAUUCAAAGGGCGAGAACUGUGGUUUUGCAGAAGAUCAUCAAGCACCCUAGUUGAGGUUUUACUUUCUGACAAUUGUGGGUUUCUUGGAUUUCUCUUCUCGUGGCCAGAAAAAGCUUGGUACAGGGUACCUUUUGUUUGUUGUUUAAUGUUUCUCUUUAAUUCCAAUAGUAAUUUAAGGUUUAUAUGUCUGGGUAUGUCACCCAGUAUGAAUUAACAGUAAUUUGAGGCUGCUUUUUUUUUUUUUUCUCAUUGUACUUUUCUUUAACAACUUGGGUCAUCUUCUUUUUCUCAAAAAAUUGAGGUCCUCUUCAGAUGCUGUCUUGUAGAACAGUGAGGAAGAAGUGGAACUGUUAUGUAUGAGACCUGGUUGUUGUAUCCAUCUUAACUAUAUUUUUCUGAUGAUA